UGGUGCGCUGCCCAAGGUCCACUUGCCACCACAGCUGCCACAUGGCCCUGCUGCCAGGGGGCGGGCGGGGCCUGGCUCUGCCAGCGGCUGGGCCCAUAUUAACCUGUUCUCCAGCCCGGGGCCCAGAGAGGCCUGCAGACUGGGAGGCAGAGGUGACAGAGGCAGCAGCAGAGCAGGAGACGCAGGUGAGAGGCUGCCGUCUGGCCUCCUGUUUCCUCUCCAGCCGGCAGGAGCAAAGGGGCCAAGCUUUCCCCAGGCCUGACCAGCCACCCACAGCCCCGCUCAGCUGAGAGGGCCUGCUGCUCCCUGACCCUCGCUGCGGAGCCAGAUCCUGGUGCUGCGGUGGCCACCGCUGGGCAUGGCCUAUCAGCUCCCUGCAGGGCCUGUGAAGUGGGGCCAGCAGGCUGCAGUGAAGAGGGUGCCCCCUUCCCGGCCCUGGCCCACCAAGCCGGGACCCAGCUUCCCUCACCCACACUUCUGGAUCCUGACGCCUCCUGAGUCUCCUUCUUGCCCGGUCCGAGCAGGAUCAUGGCCUUGAGAACAGGUGACCACGGUCAGGCUGCAACGAACGGGCUGAAGGAGAAGGUGCUGACGCUGGACACCAUGAACCCGUGUGUCCGGAAGGUGGAGUAUGCGGUACGAGGCCCAAUCGUGCUGCGGGCGCUGGAGCUGGAGCAGGAGCUGCGCCAGGGCGUAAAGAAGCCCUUCACUGAAGUCAUCCGAGCUAACAUCGGGGACGCACAGGCCAUGGGGCAGACGCCUAUCACCUUCCUGCGCCAGGUCCUGGCGCUCUGCGUCCACCCUGAUCUCCUGAACAGCCCUGACUUCCCCGACGACGCCAAGAGGAGGGCGGAGCGCAUCUUGCAGGCAUGUGGGGGCCACAGCCUGGGGGCCUACAGCAUCAGCUCUGGCACCCAGCUGAUCCGCGAGGACGUGGCGCGGUACAUUGAGCGGCGCGAUGGAGGCAUUCCCGCCGACCCCAAUAACAUCUUCCUGUCCACGGGGGCCAGCGACGCCAUCGUGACGUUGCUGAAGUUGCUGGUGGCCGGCGAGGGUCGCACGCGCACGGGCGUGCUCAUCCCCAUCCCUCAGUAUCCACUCUACUCCGCCGCGCUGGCCGAGCUCAGCGCGGUGCAGGUAGACUACUACCUGGACGAGGAGCGCGCCUGGGCGCUCGACGUGGCCGAGCUGCGGCGCGCGCUGCUCCAGGCGCGUGACCACUGUCGCCCCCGCGCGCUCUGCAUCAUCAACCCCGGCAACCCCACCGGGCAGGUGCAGACCCGCGAGUGCAUUGAGGCCGUGAUCCGCUUCGCCUUUGAGGAGGGGCUCUUCCUGUUGGCCGAUGAGGUGUACCAGGACAACGUGUACGCCGAGGGCUCGCAGUUCCACUCGUUCAAGAAGGUGCGGCUUCCGCGGCGGCUACGUGGAGCUGGUGAACAUGGACGCAGCGGUACAGCAGCAGAUGCAGAAGCUGCGGAGCGUGCGCCUGUGCCCGCCCACGCCGGGCCAGGUCCUGCUAGACGUGGCGGUCAGCCCGCCCGCGCCCUCCGACCCCUCCUUCGCGCAGUUCCAGGCGGAGAAGCGGGCGGUGCUGGCCGAGCUGGCGGCCAAGGCCAAGCUCACGGAGCAGGUCUUCAACGAGACUCCCGGCAUCCGCUGCAAUCCGGUGCAGGGAGCCAUGUACUCCUUCCCGCGCGUGCAGCUGCCCCCUCGCGCGGUGCAGCGCGCUCAGGAGCUGGGCCUGGCUCCCGACAUGUUCUUUUGCCUGCGCCUCCUGGAGGAGACCGGCAUCUGCGUGGUGCCUGGCAGCGGCUUCGGGCAGCGGGAAGGCACCUACCACUUCCGGAUGACCAUUCUGCCCCCCAUGGAGAAGCUGCGGCCCUUGCUGGAAACGCUGAGCCAGUUCCACGCCAAGUUCACCCGCGAGUACUCCUGAGGACACCGCUGGGGGCCAGGCUGGGCCGGCAGGGAGGACCCCGGGCGGACAGUGCUCAGGGUCCUGGGGUCUCUGGAGCGCUCUGGACUUGCUCCUGCUGCCUGUGUGGCUGGGCCCCUGCCUCUUUUCAGGCCCCUAAUAAAGCAGUGGGUUGGCUUGGCUGCUUGGAGGCUGUGUGCACACCUGUAUGCGCCUCCGCCGCCUUGUCCAUUCCUGACUGCCUUUCUGUGUGGGGUUCUGUGCAGGCCUGGGGGCCCGGGAGGAGUGGUCAGGGAGGGCUUCCAGGGGAGGUGACCUUCUUACAGGAUGGAUUUGGCGGGAUGGGGUGAGCACUGGGAAGCGGAGUGACCGUGAGAACUCAAAGGGGCAGUCUUGGUUCCUGUAAGUGGGCGCGGGCAGUGGUGCUGCCACUUUGGACAGCUGGAGGAGCGGUGGUGCUGGCCCAAGAGCAGGGACGGGAGGAAGAGCAAACUGGUCUCGCUUUGCCAUGUUGUGUGUGGUGUGUGACAUCCACGUGCAAAUGCAGUUCUUGGGCUGGGAAGCAGUGAGAGGGGAGGCCCCCUCCUGAGCUGGGGCACCCAAAGGCAAGUUUGGGGGAAGAGAGCACGGAAGAUGCUGAGGAAGAGGUGCCCUGUGGAGCUCUGGGCUGAAGGACCUGGGCUGGGGGCUGGCGGGCAGCCCUGUGUCGUUGACACUGGCACGCGAGGAUGUGCAUGCCAGACACUGUUGUGGAUCACUGCACAAAGGGUCCUCUCUGGUGGGCACUGUAGUCCCCAUUUCAUAGAUAAGGAAACCUGGGCCCCCAAAAUGUGUGGAAAUGAAAGGAAGCUCACUCCGCGUGGCCUCAGCAGCUGAUGGAAUGUCUUGGCUCAAGUGUCUGCAAGUUGGUCUAGGGGUUGGCAGGCCUCAGCGACCCACGGGCUUAGGGAGAGUGUUGGCCAAGGCCCCAGCUCCACUCUGGAUGCGGUUGUUAACCAUAGUCCCUGCUUCACUAUCUCCCCUGGGCCUCAGGUGCCCCACACAGCAAGGCUCUGGGCAGGAGAGGGCAGGGGAGGCGCAGGUUUCUCGUCGGGUGGACCCCGCCCCGCCCCGCCCCGCCCUGCCCCGCCCUCUCCAUGGCCAGCUGGGGUCAGGCUGGGGCCGGCGUGGACUGGCUCUCCUGGCCUCGUCGCUAGACACUAGAGGGCGUUUCGGGCAGCAGCCGGGUGCCUCCUUGGGCUGAAUGUGGGCUCAGGCCUUUCCCACGAACUUCCUGCCUUCCACG